AUGAGCAUCAUGCUGGAUAGGAUCAGUAUUUUGCAGCCCGAAGGGCAGAGGUUGCAGUGAGCACGGCGGCGGCGGCGGCGUGGUCGCAGCCGGACAGACUAACCUGUGCCUGGCUCUACCCGGAACCAUUAUGCAGACAGGAAACUACCAUUUUACCGCUAGCAGCAUCGGCGGAGCCGUCGGGGGAACACUUAAACCUGAAACGGGCAACGGGAAAGCAAGCAGACAAGGAGAAAAGCAGGGAAAACACGAGCGAAACAAAACAAAGGCGACGUGUUGGUGAAGACGUGCAGCGAGACGGUCGUGCUUUAGGACCUCAGAGUCAGACAAUGGACAUAUUGGACCAGGCCAGCGAAAACGGGUUUUGUUAGCGAGUGAAAAGCAGCCCUCCUGGGCCGAUGGAGAUCCAGGCCUUCCACAGUGUUUUUCCAUGGAUGAAGAAAAAGGCCCCGCUGACAGGCAGUAAGGACUCUGCUUUCAGAGCGCACUCCCACCUCGAUGUUAUCACACUUGUAUUGCCGUGUUUCUGAGAGCUUGUUGCACCCAGACGGUGUGUGUUACAAGAUUGUUGAGCUGCAACCCAUAGUUGUCGGUGCACAUUGUGGAGUGUUUUAUCCUCUCACCUGCGACCCAGCAGGAGCUUCGAACCUGUGGAUCACCCGGCUCCCCAAAGGACUCCAUGACAGAAAAGACGGCCGGUGAAGCAAUGUUUUCUCCUCCACCGAAUUAACGGACACGCUCCACAUCGUGGGACUGCUUAGGAAUAUGAGACACUUUAAAGAAACACUACAGACUCUGUUUUUGCAAAUAUAAUUUAGUAAAUUUCUUAUUUAUGAUCCAUUUUGUAAGAUCCCACAGAAGCACUUAAAGGCUUCACUCUUGAAUGAAGAGUAGAUGCAUUAGUAAUACAUUAAUGUGGGAAAAAAAAAAUCAAGCAUUGACUUUUUGAUGAGCCACAGUGGCUUGUAGGACUGUCACUGAAAACCAGGCCUUAGUUUAAUAAGGGCUCUUUGCCAUUUCUUAUUACUACACACUUAGUGCACAGGGUAGUUCCAACCCCUGGACACUUUGCCACAGCUGUAUUGGAAGAUGUUUCAAUUCAGCAAGUACCCCAUGGACAUUUUAGAGAUGCUAAGUGGACACCAAGCCCACCAGUUCAAAGGCCUUGGAUUAGAGCGACAGCUUAGUCACCAACAGCAAGUCCAACUGCAGCAUCAGCAGCAGCUCCAGCAGCAGCACCAGCCCUCUGCUGACACCUCUGGGAGCCUCCUGUCCGGCCUUGGACUGGGAUCCCUCCAGACCUCCCGGAGCAAUGCCUUUGCCGACUCCUCAUCAUUAUUCGCCAAAAUGAGCGCACCCCCCCCCCUCCAUCUCCCACAGAGCCAGUCAUCCUCAUCAUCCCACAGCUCCAGGAAGUCCAGUAAGAUGAGCGGUAGCAGCACCGGUGGGAGCUCGUCGUCGGGAUAUCCCCAGUUUCUACGGCCUUUUCAUCCAGCCGAGGCUGCGCUCGCUCAGGAGCAGCUGCACUCCGGGAUGGGACGUUUUGACUUUAGUGGAAGCAGCAGUGGAGGGAGCGCUGGGGUGAUUGGGGUCACAUCUGCACCUCCACCUCCACCGUUGCAUCCAGGUCUCUCCGUCCCCCAGCCCUCUCCCGGUCCUUCCACCUCCUCACCUUCUCCCUCCACCUCUGUUUCAGUCUCCAACAACCCCUCCGGCAGCACUGCCGUCCCCUUAGUCGGCCAGUCUGACCCCCGCAGCCUUCACCAGCAAUUCAGCUGCAUGCUCGCUGCUAACCAGUACUUCCUGUCUGGUGUCCCCACCAACAGCAGUCUGGAGCAGUUCCUGGUCCAGCAAGGCACUCACAACCACUUAGGCUUGGGCCUCAGCCAGGGGGCCACCGAGUCAAACUCAGCCCUGGCCCCUCCUCCUGCCCUGCACUCCUCCCACAGCCACAGCCACACAGCUCCACAGCCUCAGCAGCAACAGCAGCAGCUAACCCCUCAUGCCUUAUCUCAUCCACACAGCCACGCUCACCACCCACACCCUCUCCACCCGGCCCCUCAGCCUGCCCCACUGGGGGGCUUUGAUUUCCAAGGCAUUCCAGUGCUUUCCUCUAACCAGAUAGCAUCAUUAAUGCAACAAGAAGCCGGCCUUCCCCUCCCCCUGCCUCUGCACCUGUCGCUAUCAAAAGAUGAUAGUGCAAAGUCAGGAGACAGCACGUCGGCGUCAGUUUCAAGUGGGGGGAGCAGGAGGAAGAAAGCGAUGGCGGGCUACCUGCCUCAGAGGAAAACAGACAGUAGCAGCCAUAGCAGCAGCAGCAGCGUUACCAACUGCCACAACAGCAGCUCGAGUGGGCAGAGUCAGAGCUCUUCAUCUGGCCUCGUGGGAGGAGGAUCUGGGGGUGUUGGGCUAAGUGGCAUCGGAAGUGAGCCACAGCACUCUUCCCUUCUCUCAUCUUCCUCACAGCAGCAGUCAUCCUCCACUGUCUCCUCAUCUACAUCUGCCCCCACUUCCUCAAAUUCCACUUCAGUGCUUGUAGCCAACGGCGACCAACAGCUGUCAAAAACACAAGAAAGUCACAACAAUGGCUCGUCUGGGCAGCCAGAACCAGAGCCUCUUUACCACUGCGGUGAAUGUGGUAAGACCUUCACUCACCUCUCCAGCCUUCGAAGGCAUCUCCGCAGCCACGGCUUGACGCCAGAAAGCCAAAGCAGGAAGUCGGACUGCAACUCUCCCAGCCCGGAGAGGAUAUUCUGCUGCGGCGAAUGUGGGAAGAGAUUCAAAAAGAGGGGUCACCUCAUUCAACACAGCGUCACUCACUCAGAAAACCGGCCUUUCGUUUGCAGCAUCUGCCAAAAGUCCUUUAACCGCAGAGAGUCACUUACAAGACAUGAGAAGAUCCACGACGAGAAGCCUUUCCGCUGUCCGGCAUGUGGCCGUUGCUUCCGGGAGAGCACCUCUCUUCUCAACCAUGCUGCAUCGGGUGCUUGCGGCAAACCUCCCCGCAGUUCAAAAAGCAGGACCAGCAGUGGAGCCACCGCAUCAUCCGGCCAGAGCAGCAGUAAAAUGGGAAGCAGCACUGAUGGGGUGGGAAUUUCAAAUGAUGGGGCUGGUUUGGGAAAUGACAAGUAUGCAACAGAUUAUUCCAGAAAUCGCUACCAGAACCAGGCGCCCUAUAACAGUGCUGUUGAAGAUUACAGACGAUCACAACCUUCAUCUCUGUACUCCCCAGAGACAAAUUUAGCCAAUGAAAUGACCAGCCAAACUCUUCGUAAGGCCCCUUUAGCCCCAACACUUCAUCCUCAUCCACAAAAUCAGCAGCAGCAACAGCAGCAGCAGCAGCAUCAUCAUCAUCAACAGCAACCACAACCACAGCAGCAGCAGCAGCCCCACCUCCCCCUGACUUCCCUGUUGGAUGAUUCAGAGGAUGAGGUCACUAGCAGCGCAAUGUCGGCCAUUGCUGCUGCAGCUGCAGCCUCUUGCGAUAUAAGCACAGAGAGUCGAGAAGGAGAGAGGAGGGACAUCAUCGGAGGCCUGCUGGGGGGGUUGGGGUUUGGUAACAUGGGUGGACCAUCAUCCACGUCUACCCUCAAUGGUUCCACCAUUCCUUUGACCCAUCCCAGCCAGCCACACACAAAGCCCAGGAGACCACGGAAACCUAGAGAGAAAAGGGACCCGAGCACCAUCGUAAGGAGGAGGAGGAGCCCGGCGCCACCGGGGGACGGCUCAGAUCGGCCGUACGGGUGCCAGGUAUGUGGCAAACGUUUCAGAAGGGCCGAGACUCUGCGGCGCCACAACCGCGUUCACACAGGGGAGAAGCCUCACGCCUGCGAAGUGUGCGGUAAAAUGUUCCGCGAGCCUUUUCACCUCACUAAACAUCUCACUGUGCACUCCGGUCAGAAGAACUACAAAUGCAAUCUUUGCGGGAAGAUGUUUGCCUAUGCACAGAGUCUAGUAAGACACGGAAAGCUGCACAGAAAAGGUGAAAUCGACAACCAGGGAAGGAGGAUAAAAGGAGCUGCUGCUGCUAUCAGUCAGGUCCCCAACUCUGGGAACUCUGACUACUUCUCAUCGUGCUCCCAAGAAGAAAAGUCCCCAACGUCUGGCACCCCCUCUCAAAGGCUUUACACCUGCACAGUCUGCUGGAAGUCCUUCCGCCACUAUUUCCACCUCACAGCACAUCAGCAGACUAUCCAUGGUGGAGGAGUGGGGCUGGAGAAGUCCUUUCGUUGUGAAGUUUGUGGCAAAGCCUUCGCCUACUCCAACAGCUUAGUGCGGCACAAAUUGUCUCAGCACGGCAUCGACCGCAAUGGCCAGCGCAUCAACCAGUCUCAACCGUCCGGAUACUCGCCACUCUUUUAUGAUUCUGGAUCAGGUUCCAACUACGCUGGAUCAUCCCACAUGCAGCAGGGGGUUACUGAGCAGCAGCAGCAGCAACAUCCCCAGCAGCAGCAGCCACAACAGCAGCAGCAGCAGCAACAACAACAGCUUCAGGACCCUUUUCACUACAACGCAAAAAACUUCCAAAAGCGGCAUGGACAGACAAGAAAGCAUAGAAAGAAAAAAAGGCGUGUGGUCAUCCACAGCAUCAUGAGAGACGGGAGGCUGGUGGGCGUCCCUCUGAGCGAAGAUACGCGCAGGAAGUUGAUGAUUCUGAGGAAAAAGAGGGGAAAACUGCAGGCACAGCUCAACAGGAAAAAGCUCCUGGCCCAGCUGAAGGUAAAGGGUGGUGGUCUGAAAGUGAAGUCGUGGUGUGGGGGAGCCGUCAGAGUCAUCGGCCUCACCUCUAUGGAAAUCCCUCUCAAGCGCUUCCCCUGCCCCAUCUGCCCUAGUACCACUUAUGCCAAACAGGGCUCUCUGCUGGUCCACCACGCCAUCAGGCACCCACCAAGAAACUCAGGCCGCCUCGCCCGCCUGUGGUGCCAGGUGUGUGGGAGACGCACCACCUCGUUACACAAAGCCUUGAAACACAGAGGCCAGCAUCUUAAACAAGCUGCAUUCCAAUGCCACAAAUGCCGACACCGUUUCUGGAACCCCUGGCUCCUGGCCCGGCACAAGUUCUCCUGUCGGGGGGUCGGAAACUGGGGACUGAUGAAGAGUAGAUCGUCGUCGUCAUCUUCUCAAGACCAUUCAGAUGGUGACCUUUCACCAGUCCAGCUGACUGUUCCAGUUCUAGUCCAGCCUGAGAGAUCAACAGUUCUGACUGAGUACAGUCAGUAAACAGUUUUCUAGACUAGAUUGUUUUUGAUGUUUAUUUUUAUUAAAUAAUCCAAGAAGAAAGCGAGAGCUAGCAAGUUUUUAACAAAAGAUUUUAAAAAUUUAAAAAAAAAGCGGGAAAAUGGGGGAGGAUUCAGUCUAUCCAUGUGAACCGAUCUGCAGAAACCUGCAUAUCUCCUGUACUGCAGCAGAGGUGGUUGAUAAAUUAGGGAGGACUUAAAAAGACCCUGAAUCAAAACCACCCUCAACGUCUGUCUCCUCUUCCCCAAAGGUGAAGACACCCACAACCACACGAUUUUGGUAGCAGCUGUUUUCAGAAUAAAUGCAUCCAGGUUCCAAUCCACCAUCUUUUUUUCUGUUCAAAGUUCUCAUUAAGUGUCGGUUCAUCCGUAAGAAUUAAAUACUUACUGUUGAGUUUUUUGUUUUUCCAGUUUAGUCCUUGUCAUUUGUUCCCAGAGAGGACAAACUCACUUUUAUACUAAGAUUCCCCUUGAAAUAAAUAAAAUCUAGGAAAAAAGGAAAUCCUUAACUGAGACAAAGUAGCUCAUGAAAUGACUCUUAGCAUAGCAAAGGGUUUAUUUUACCAGAAUACCAGGCUAAUUUAUGCGCUAAAAAAGGAGUUAGGGUGAAGAAGUGUUGGUGACUUUUUUUUUAUGUACACUACUUUUUUUAAAGGUGUGAAUGGAGAGAAAACACGACUCAAGCUGUCAAUGUGUUGUAAAGGACGGCAGAAAUAACGUGUACUGUACAAUUAGUAUUAUAUUUUAUUAUAUAUUCAGUUUUUUACUCCAAGUAUGAUUUCUUUUAUCAUUAUUGGUAUUGUACGGGUGGGAGGGAACGAGUUGGGACUAUCUUUGUAAAACAGCGGGAUGAGUAAAUGUAUCGAUGUGAUAUUUUCCCCUCUUUUAGAGCCCAGUUUACCUGUUCCCUCAGUUCCACAAUUAUGCCCCAUUUUUGUAUUAAAAGCGUGUACACAUAGUUCAUUACCUAAGUCCUGUCCAGAUGUGCUUUUUUUCUGUUAAACUAAGACAUGUAAUAAUAUUACUAAAAUACUAUCCCUCUUCUUUGCCUAAAAGUGAGUUGUUGAAAAACCUCAAAUAAAAAAAAGACAAAAGAAAUUUUA